AUGGCACCAAUUGCUAGUCAAUAUCUCCUGGACAGUUCUCCUCUUCAUACUAUCAAUUCAAAACUCCAACUCGAAUACACAUCCUCCCAUCAGGAGGCAGCCAUCAGGCCUCCUUCGGCGCCCUGCUUGAUUACAGAUUUCGUUCAUUACCAAGUAAAAUCGAAUCCAGACGCUCUAGCUGUUCAUUGUGAGUAUGAGCAGCCAUAUACCUACCGCCAACUUUGGACAAUAGUCCAGAAAAUUGCGUCUGGUGCAAAUAUUCCACCUGGGUCUAUUGUUCCAGUAUGCUUGGAUCCAACGGUAGAGUUCGUGGCCAGUCUGCUGGCAGUCAUGAUAUCUGGAGCAGCUUAUGUUGUCCUCGACCCUGAGGGCUCGGUUGAGCGGAAUCGAGCCAUUGCGCACGACGCAGGCGCGAAUUUCGUUCUAACGAACCGCCGGUAUUCCUCAUCCUUUGAGACUUCCGUUGAAGUGGAAGAUCUCCUUUCCUCUCCUGAAGCGCCUCGGGGAGAGGCAAAGGUACCACGGUCGAGCCCUUCAGAUCUUGCAUAUCUGAUUUACACAUCUGGUUCUACUGGAAAGCCAAAGGGAGUUUUGCUGAGCCACCGGGCCGCAUCCCACGGCAUCAGUCAGUUCACUCUCAAUGGCCACAAGCGGUGGCUCCUUUUCUAUAACCCUGUGUUCUCAGCAGCCCAGAGGACCGUUCUCGCUACGCUAGCCAAGGGGGCUUGCAUAUGCCUGGCACCCCGGAGCCGCCUGGCCACCGCACUCCCUGAGGUGCUUUCCAAUCUCAAAAUCGAUGCCCUUGGUAUUACUCCUUCAGCCUUGGCCUUGCUUUCUCCGAGUGAGGUGCCGGAGACUCUUCGGCAAAUCACCACCGUCGGCGAGCCUCUUAGCCAGGCCCUAGUGGACCUUUGGGCUGGAAAUGUAUCUUUACGUGUUUCAUAUGGUCUCAGUGAAUGUGCUCAGCUGAACUUCUCUCGACAAUUGAAGCAGGGUGAUAAUCCUCGCAACCCGGGGCGACCGGUCGAUACAACCACUGCGGUGGUUUUGGAGCCUAAUACGGCCAGAGAGCUCUCCGUUGACGAGCCUGGAGAGUUGUGUCUAUACGGUCCUCAACUUGCCAGUGGAUACCACCGCCGCCAUGCCGAGACAAGCAGAGCUUUUGUUAAAACCACGCUCGCGACUGGUGUGCUUUUUAGAACUGGCGACCAGGCGGUCCGUCGCGCGGAUGGGAGCUUUGAGAUUCUUGGACGGAUUGACCAGCAAGUCAAAAUCAACGGCCAAAGAGUUGAGCCGCAGGAAAUUGGAGCAAACCUAUCGGCUGAAGAAAACGGGAGACACAUCGUAUGUGUUGGAGCCAAAAUCAAGGACCAGACUUCCUUAGUUGCGGCGGUGGUUUCACACGAGGAGGACUGGAGCGCCCUCGUCAAACGCCUGCGAAGUCAUGCACAGCGCCUUUUCCCACCUUAUAUGGUCCCUCAAUACUGGCUCCGGUAUGAAGCUCUUCCAACAAACCGGAAUGGCAAGGUUGAUUUCCGGGCAAUCCGUUCAACUGCCGAGUCAACAACAGUCGACAACCUGCUUGGACGAAACCCAAUCCCAAGGGCAGGAGAAGACCGCAUGAGCGAGAUCGCACUGGCUAUUUCUCAAGUCUGGGCUGAUGUUUUGAAAUUUGAUCACUCAGUGAUCCGCUCCAGCGAUUCCUUCGUCACGUUGGGUGGCAGCUCGCUCGAUGCAAUCACUGCGAUCCGAGAGUUGCGAACUCACGGUAUUCACCUGGAGCUCGCCGAUAUGCUAAGAUCGCAAACUCUAGAGGACGUAGCCGACUCUUCGCGUCUGGAAACCAAGAAUACCGAGCGCCCUCUGCCUCAAGCUCUCUCUCUUAUUCCGGAAGAUGACUUCAAGCGUGAGAUGCUUGCAGACCGCGGUGUAUCGGAUGCACUGCCAGUCACGGCAUUACAAGAAGGUAUUCUCGCGAGCACUUUGCAGGGAAACCAGGACUACUUGUACCAAAGGGUUUUUGAUAUUCGCCAUCUUGAUCUUGUCAGACUCCAACUUGCGUUCCAAGUGGUAUUCUGGAGAAGCGAGGUACUGCACUCGACCUUCGCUGUGGGUACUAAUGGAUUUGUGCAAGUUGUCCGCAAUGAUCUUCCAUUGAUCUGGCAAGAGUCGUCCGAUGACCUCCACAAGUUCCUGAAAUCAGACAAGGAACGAGGCGUGACGCUCGGGGAGCCCUUCCUAAGAGUGACUGUUCUAAAUAGUUCCAUUCUGGUGGUAUCCGCCCAUCACGCGCUGUUCGAUUUCUGGUCGCAUUCAUUUGUCUUUGAUGAUGUUGCACGUCUCUACUUCGGAAAGAGCCCCGCAGUUCGAGCACCAUGGAAGUCUUUUAUCGGCCUCGUGCGACAGCAGCUGGAUGCAGGAUCAGCGGAAUUUUGGAAGAGUCAUCUCGGUGGAUCCGUCCCUACGGUUCUGAACCAUUCGCCUGUCUUGGAAUUCUCCAGCGCAAGACGCACACUGCCCGUUCAACUGAAGUCGGCUGCCGCAGCACUUCAAGUCCCAUCAAGUGCUAUUAUCUAUGCAGCAUGGGCCUUGGUCCUCUCAUCCCACGUUGCAUCCCACGUGGUAACCUUUGCUACUGCUAUUUCCGGCCGAGAGUUGCCUCUGGAAGGCAUCGAGACAUUGAACGGCCCAACUUUGGCAAUGGUACCCCAGACUGUGAUCCUGAAGCCCGACGGCUCUCUGAAUGAUGUCGUGCAGUCUGUUAAUGCCAACCUCUGGGAUAUCAUCAAGCAUUCUCAGGUCGGACUGCGUGGAGCCUUAUCAGCUGCUGGUCACGCAAACACCACCAUCUUAGACACCAUGGUCAAUAUCUUGGUCAACCCACAAGGAAAGAAUGAGUUGACCAGCGAGGUAUUCCAGGCUUACGGAUCUCGCGGUGCCUGGCGGACUGAGUACACGACGCUGAACGUUGAAGAGAGCCCCGAAGGCUGGGACAUCAGCCUGACAGGUCCAGUCGAGGAGCGCCGUCUUGACUUUAUUUUGAAUCAGUUCUGCCAAGCAGUCACCCAGAUUGGCGAAAAUCCACGACUUCUUGUCAGGUCACUCAGUCUCCUCGACGCCACCGAGUUAGAGUUUUUACUCAAGUGGAAUGACAACCAGCCAACGCCGAGUACCCUACAUGCAGAGUUCGAGUCAACGGCUCAACGGCAUUCGUCCCGACUGGCCAUAAACUUCGAGAACAAGAAGCUCAUGACAUAUACUGAGCUAGAUGAAGCCGCCAACCGCAUGGCAAACUUCCUCUCCGUUCACGGUAUUGAAAAGGGGGAUGUAGUUCCUCUUCUUCUUGAAAAGUCCCCGUUCAUGAUACUUGCUAUCUUGGCUCUAUUCAAGCUUGGCGCCGCUUAUGUCCCCCUGAGCCCGGAGAAUCCGGUGGAGCGAAAUGAAUUCAUUGUGCAUGAUGUUGGUGCGCAUGUUGUUCUUAGUGAAGAGGAGCACUCUUCCUUCUUCACUGCGGACGAUUUCUCUACAGUUCUAAUCGACAAGGUCCGCCUGUGCGCCUAUUCCAAAGACAAGCCCGAUGUGCAGGUCGCAUCGACCGACUUGGCUUAUAUCCUAUACACGUCUGGAAGUACUGGCCAGCCCAAAGGGGUUGCCAUCCACCACGGGGCGUGCGCUAGCGCCAUGAAGUCCAUCAUUGAAUUUGAAGGGCGACAAGAUCAGCAGUUCAAUGCCUUGCAAUUCUCAAACUACGUUUUCGAUGUCUCGCUGUAUGACUUCUUUGUUACGUUAUUCAGUGGUGGGACGCUUUGCAUCGCCUCGUCAGAUCACUUGUUGGGCGACCUGGCAGGGGCCAUUAAUGACAUGAACGUGGAUCAUGUCUUCCUCACUCCUACAGUGGCCCGACUUCUCAGUCCCAAGGAUGUCCCGAAGCUGCAGUCGAUGACCGUUGGCGGAGAGCAGUUGACACGAGAUGUCAUUUCCACUUGGGCCCCGGCAGUCACACUGCGUAAUGGUUAUGGACCUACUGAGGCAUCUGUCUUGGUCACCAUGAAAGAUAUCGAUGAGAAUACUCCAGGAGGUAACAUCGGCAAGCCACUCGCUUCCGUUGGUGCGGUUAUCCUAGAGGCCAAUGGCGACCAACCACUUCCUUACGGAGCGAUUGGUGAGCUUUGCUUCUGGGGCCCCCAACUGUCCGAUGGAUACUUCAAGAAGCCUGAACUCACCGCUGGCGCUUUCUUCAACACCACUUUCGGCGCCGGUCGCCGACUGUACCGCAGUGGGGAUCUGGCGCGGUAUCUUCCUGGCGGUGACAUCGAAUGCUUGGGUCGGAAAGAUGACCAAGUCAAGGUCAAUGGCCACCGUAUCGAGCUUGGCGAAAUUGAGCAAGCGAUUCUUCGAACCGGAGAAGCCACCGACUGUAUUCUGACCAUCUGGAAGCAUAACAGCACAGCGCACUUAGUGGCAAACGUGGUGUUCGAGACUGUCGAUCAAGACUUUGACUUCCUCUCGCCAGAUUACUUCUCUGAACAAGCUGAAAACCUGAAGGCCAGACUUAAUGGCCUGGCUCAUUACAUGGUCCCCAAAUUCUUGAUUCCGCUCCCUUUCCUUCCGAGAAUUGCCUCUGGUAAGGCCGACCGCAAGCAGCUGAAAGCGCGAGUACAGGCUCUGAGCCAGAGUGACCUCGCCAAAUAUUCCUUCGACAAGAUCGGGGCUACUGGUUCUGAAGAGAUUAUUCCGAUUUCCACCGCAGCCCAGAAAUCGCUCCAAGACUCCUGGAUUGAGGUCUUGCAGCUUCCGGAUGACAACUUUGGACUCGAGGCCAACUUCCUCAGCCUCGGUGGUGACUCUAUCUCUGCUAUCAACCUCGUCAGCCGGAUUCGCCGCAAGGGGAUGAAUAUCACGGUGCGUGAUGUCCUCAAAUAUCCCCUUCUUGGCCCCAUGUCGGAGCAUUUGGAGCAGGAAGACAACGACGCGUCGCUUGAAACUGUAACCUUCUCUCCUCCCGCGGAGCUGCAAGAUGCCAUCGCUGCGGUCGAGCUUGAAAGCUCCCAAUAUGAAUAUGUCUACCCCAGCCCUCCGGGUCAAGCUGAGUUCCUCGGUCAAGGAGCUCGCAAUGAUCAAUUUUGGGAUCUGAUGACUGUCCGAUCUCUCGGCAUGAAUCCCGACAUUGCUCAUUGGAUCGAUCUCACGACGCAGUUGACUGCAACGAACGACAUUCUGCGUACCACCUUCACAACCGUCCAGGGCAAGUGGUACGGCGUUGUGUUGAAUGACCCUACGCCCGUUGUAGAGUUCUACGAUAUCUCCAGCGAGUCUGAGAAAGCUCAGACGUUGGAAUCGAUCUGGGCCAACCGAUUUGUAUUCGGCAAGCCCUUCGUUCGAUACGCCGUCUUCCGAUUCCCCAACGGCGAGCACCAGAUCGUAACGAAACUCGAUCAUGGCCUCUACGAUGGCACGCUCCUCCGCGUCUUUGACGCCCAUUUCCAGGCCUACCAGCGCGGCCAGCAGGUUGAAAAGUUCACUUCCUUCAAAGAAUUUGCCUUCCAUAUCUGGAAGAUCAACCAGACGCGUCCCACUCUCGACUUUUGGACUCAACCUGAGAAGCGGCCGAUCGCAUUCAAAGUCUCCGACGUGACGGCGCCACGAAUCAACGCGGCAGUCGUGCAAACCAUCCAACUCGACUUCGAAGCCGGCAAAAACAGCAUCGCUUUCGACUAUCUGUACACCGGUCGGAAUGUCGAUCUUGAGGAUCCGCAAAGCAUCAACGGAACGUGCGCUAAUUUCUUGCCGAUGCGCUCUGAGGUCGACUCGCAGGCGUCCAUGCAGGACUAUUUGCUGAAGACCCAGGAUGACUUCUGGCAAUACACUGAAAACUGCACUGUCGGCAUUGAGGAUAUCUGCCGGGCAAACGGCUUGGUUCGCAGCGAUGUCGCCAACCAGACCCUCUUCCUGUUCCAGCCCUUCGAGCCCGCAACGGGGAAUGCUGCGAACGAGCUGCAGAAAUGGGUCGUGAUGGCCAAGUCUCAAGUCACCAUGCUCCAGCCUUAUGCAGUCGUCUUCGAGGUUAUCAAGACAGCGGAUCUGAAUGGGUAUAAGCUGAAGUUUGCCUAUGACGACGCUGUCUGGACCAAGGAGCAGAUCGAGACGGAGGUUGAGCUUGUCAAAACAAUGCUCUCCCGUGCUGUGGCUGAUGUCACGGUCUCUACUGGAUCAGUUCUGCAGGCUCAAUGA